CAGGAACAGUCUGAGCCGUUUGGUUGAUGUCAACUUUAAUGUUGCGGGUGAGAUUUGACAUCUGAAAAAAUCUGUGGAAGUGUGUGAGAAGCUCCAGCAAGUGAGCUCAAUCCCAAAGUUUUGUAAGGGCCCCUCCCCCGACGCUUGCCCCGCCACACCCCCCGGAGCUGGCCAGCCAACCAGCAGCCAGCGCGGCGCACUGCCCGCAGCCCCUGCUAUAAAGGGCCCCGGCGCCGACAGGGCCCUCCUGAGCAGUUGGAGCCUUCCUGCCUGGCCUCAGGUGCAGGAGUGUUGACGGGGGGCGAUAUUCCCAGGCUCCUCUUCACUCGGGACUUCUCUGGAUCCCCUUUCCUGGACACUGAGGACACCGCUGAGCCUCAGCGGGGCUCCGUCCCACCAGGUCCUACGCUUGUGGACACAAGCCGGACACCAUCAUGACAACACAACCCCCGACCUUCACGCAGCCGCUGCAGAGCGUCGUGGCACUAGAGGGUGGUGCCGCGACCUUCCAGGCUCAAGUGACUGGGUCACCAGUCCCGGAGGUCAGCUGGUUCCGUGAUGGCCAGGUCUUGUCCGCAGCCGCCAUGCCCGGAGUCCAGAUCUCGUUCAGCGAAGGCCGCGCUGUUCUCAAGAUCGCAGCUGUGACCGCCGCCCACAGCGGGAGGUUCUCGGUCAGAGCGACAAACGGGGCGGGUCAGGCCACCAGCACCGCCGAGCUGCUGGUCACCGCGGAAACCGCGCCCCCUAGCUUCCUGCAGAGACUGCAAAGUUCCACCGUCACACAGGGCAGCCAGGUCCGACUGGACAUCCGGGUCACAGGCAUCCCAACCCCCGUGGUGAAGUUCUAUCGGGAGGGCGCUGAGAUCCAGAGCUCCCCGGACUUUCAGAUCGUCCAGGACGGGGACCUUCACAGUCUGCUGAUUGCAGAAGCAUUUCCUGAAGACUCUGGCACUUAUUCUGCCACCGCCACCAACAGCAGCGGCAGAACCACAUCCACUGCCGAGCUGCUGGUUCAAGGUGAAGAGGUGGUGCCCGCCAAGAAAACCAAGAAAUCCAGCCGUCAAAUCCUCGUGACCCAGGUAAGACGUGCUUUCUCCGGCCUCGAUGGUGGCGGUGAGGAGACUCAUCUGGUCUCUCUCUUCUGGUUCCAGAUGGAAAUGCAGAUGGAAGGUGGGGACCUGGCCCAGCUCCAGUUGGCUCACAAGACACCUCCCAGGGUUCCUGCUAAGCCCACCUCCAAGUCACCCACACAUCCGACACUGGCCGCCAAAAUCUCUGGAGCCCGGCAGCAGUCGCCCUCCCCUGUCAGACACGUGAAGGCACCGACGCCCACGUCCAUCAGGCCCGUCAAAUCACCCGUCACCACGCGGAAGCAGUCGCCCGCUGCGGCGGACGUCCUGCCCCCGUGGAAGCAAGGAGACCUGGUGUCAGAGUCCGUCUACACCAGCGGGACCCGGACCACCCGCACCAGUGUGACCACCACGACAGUGACCCAUGUUGGGCUGCAGCAGAGCUGGGAGCAGCAGCAGCACGCGGCUGUCGGGGAGGUUGUGGAGGCAGCACCCGUGCCUGCAGCUGGAGCCAGCGUGGCCCCACCCACUCUGGUGUCGGGUCUGAGCAACAUGACCGUGACCGAGGGCGAGUCUGUCACUCUGGAGUGCACCGUCCACGGGGAUCCUCCUCCACUGGUCAUGUGGUUCAGGGAGGACUACCAAAUCCAGAACUCCAUCGACUUCCAGCUGACCUACGAGGACGGAGUGGCCCGCAUGGUGAUCCGCGAGGCCUUCGCCGAAGACAGUGGCCGCUUCACCUGCACCGCCACCAGCGAGGCGGGCACCGUCAGCACCUCCUGCUACUUGCUGGUCCAGGUGUCCGAAGACGUCGAAGUCCGUGAUGACAGCGAGAGUCGAGAAGACGUCGUCGUGACUCAUCACGCCCAGACAAUAGAAACAGAGGAAGCGCAGGCUGCUGCCGAGGCCGCCGCUGCCCCUGCCGCCCCUCUCUUCCUCAGGACCCCCAGCGCUCAGAAGCUGGUGGAGGGAGGGUGCGUCGUCUUUGACUGUCAAGUCGCAGGGAGUCCCGCGCCCCGCGUGCUGUGGAAGAAGAACAAUGCAGUGCUUGCUGCUGGAUACAGGUACAAAAUCACCUACAAGAGGGAGAGUGGCGAGUGCCGCCUGGAGAUCUCCAUGACCUUCGCUGACGACGCCGGCGAGUAUUCUGUCUCUGCCCAGAACGAGCUGGGAGAGGUUUCCGCUUCCGCCGUGCUGAUGGACGAAGACGAGUAUGACGCCUACAUGCAGAGACAGGAAGUGACGAUCAAACCUGACGUGACCCCCAUGACCCAUGAAGCUGACGCCACCUCUGUUGCCAUGGCGACCAUGGAGAGGACCACCACCAUGACCACGACCGUCAUCUCUGGACAGGAGUUCCACCUGUCUGCUGCCGAGCAGCGGCUCAUGCAGGAGAUGGAGCUCAGCAUUAUGAGCAUUAGCUACCGGGACCUGGUGACGCAGGACGGCCAGCUGAUGGUGACUGCCACCGACGACGAGGCCGUGCAGGCUACCUUCCUCACGCCCGUCAAGAACUACAGAAUCAUGGAGGGGAUGAGCGCGACCUUCCACUGCAAGGCGGCGGGGACGCCUCUGCCCAAGAUUGUUUGGUUCAAGGACGGUGAGCGGCUGGUGGCGGGGGAUCGCUACCAGAUGGAGGCUCUUCAAGAUGGGCGAGCCAGCCUGCGUCUAGCUGUGGUGGCGCCAGAGGACGAGGGCGUGUACACUGCCUUCGCCGCCAACAUGAAGGGCAAUGCCGUCAGCUCAGGCAAGCUCUACGUGGAGUCGUCCGGACCCAUGGCUCCUCCCCGGUACACGCCGCAGCCGGCCGUUCAGAGGAUCAGAUCCACGUCUCCGCGAUCUCUGAGCCGCUCCCCGGGUCGCUCACCGAGUCGCUCCCCUGCCAGACGACUGGAAGAGACGGAUGAGGCCCAGCUGGAGCGGCUCUACAAACCCGUGUUCGUCAUGAAGCCGGCCUCCUGCAAAUGUUCCGAGGGACAAACUGCCAGAUUUGACCUGAAGGUGGUGGGCAGGCCCAUGCCUGACACGUACUGGUUCCACAAUGGCCAACAAGUGGUCAGUGACUACAUGCACAAGAUCGUCGUGAAAGAAGACGGCACCCAGUCGUUGAUCAUCGUCCCAGCUAUGCCUCAUGACUCCGGGGAGUGGACCGUCGUGGCUCAGAACCGAGCGGGACGCUCCUCCAUCGCUGUCACUCUCACAGUUGAAGCCAAGGAGAUGCUGGUGCGUCCGCAGUUCACCGAGAAGCUGAAGAACAUCAGCGUGAAGGAGGGCUCCCUGGUCCAACUGGCCGUCAAAGCCGUCGGAAACCCACUUCCAGACAUCGUGUGGCUGAAGAACAGCGACAUCGUCACGCCGCACAAGCAUCCAAACGUCAAGAUUGAAGGGGCUCGAGGGGAAGCCAAGUUCCAGAUCCCUGCCGCAGCUGGCUCAGACAGCGCCUGGUACACUGCCACCGCCAUCAACAAGGCCGGCAGAGACACCACGCGCUGCAGGGUCAACGUGGAGGUGGACUACGCUGAACCGGAGCCUGAGAGGAAGCUGGUUAUUCCCAAAGGAACCUACAAGGCCAAAGAGAUCGCCCCACCUGAGGCGGAGCCCCUGCACCUCCGCUACGGCCAGGAGCAGUGGGAGGAGGGAGACCUCUACGACAAAGAGAAGCAGCAGAAGCCGCAGUUCAAGAAGAAGCUGACUUCAGUUCGAAUGAAGCGCUUUGGCCCCGCCCACUUCGAGUGCAGGCUGACUCCUAUCGGAGACCCCACGAUGGCGGUGGAGUGGUUGCACGACGGCAAACCUCUGGCUGCCGCCAACCGUCUGCGCAUGGUCAAUGAGUUUGGCUACUGCAGCCUGGACUACGAGGCGGCCUACGCGCGAGACAGCGGCGUCAUCACGUGCCGGGCCAGCAACAAGUACGGAGUGGACCAAACCUCGGCAACUCUGAUUGUCAAGGAAGAGAAGGGACUUGUGGAGGAGACGCAGCUCCCUGACGGGCGGAAAGGCGCUCAAAGGAUGGAUGAGAUGGAGCGGCUGGCGCACGAGGGCGGGCCGGCCGGAGUCACUGCGGACGAAGAGGCGGAGAAGAUGAAACCAGACAUCGUUUUGCUGCCAGAGUCCGUCCGAGUCCUGGAGGGUGAGACGGCGCGCUUCCGCUGCAGGGUCACGGGCUACCCUGCCCCCAAAGUCAACUGGUACCUGAAUGGACAGCUCAUCAGGAAAAGCAAGAGAUACAGACUGCGCUACGACGGAAUCUACUACCUGGAGAUCCUGGAUAUCAAGACGUACGACGUGGGCGAGGUCAAGGUGGUGGCAGACAGCAACCUGGGCUCCGCGCAGCACACGGUCAAGCUGGAGAUCCAGCAGAAGGAAGACUUCAGGACUCAUCUACGCAGAGCUCCCGAGGCCAAGGCGCCGGAACCCCCGGCCGAGUCUGGGAAGACCCAUUUUGAAGUGGUGAAGGUGGAGAAGCCGGGCGAGGAGACGCAGCUCAAGGAAAUAGUGAAGCUGAAGAAAGCACAGAGGAUAGUCCAUGAGAAGGCCACAGAGGAGUCCGACGAACUGAGGAGCAAAUUCAAGCGCAGAACAGAGGAGGGCUACUACGAGUCCAUCACUGCAGUGGAGCUCAAGUCCCGUAAGAAGGACGAAUCUUACGAGGACCUUCUGAGGAAGACUAAAGAGGACCUUCUUCACCAUGCCAAGGAGAAGGAGGAAGCUGAGAAGAAGAAGGAGGAGGAGCGGCGUAAACUAAGCGCCAAGGCCCUGAAGCCGGAGCGGGUCAAGCUCUCUGCCAGCAUGGAGGCGCCCAAGAUCCUGGAGCGCAUCACCAGUCAGACUGUGGCCCAGGGAGAUGAAGUCAAAUUCCGAGUGCGAGUCAUCGGCAGACCCGAGCCAGAGUGCCAGUGGUUCAAGAAUGGGGUUCAGUUGGAGAAGAGCGAGCGGCUCUUCUGGUACUGGCCCGAGGACCGGGUGUGUGAGCUGGUGAUCCGGGAUGUUCGAGCGGAGGACUCGGCCAGUGUCAUGGUGAAAGCCAUCAACUCCGCCGGAGAGACCUCCAGCCACGCCUUCCUGCUGGUGCAAGCCAAACAGGUGAUCACCUUCACGCAGAAGCUGGAAGACACCGCAGCCAAGGAGAAGGACACCAUGGCCACGUUCGAGUGCGAGACCAACGAGCCCUUUGUCAAAGUGAAAUGGUUGAAGAACAACAUGGAGAUCUUUUCUGGCGACAAGUACCGCAUGCACUCCGACCGCAAGGUUCACUUCCUGUCCGUGCUGAUCAUCGAAAUGAAGGACGAUGCCGAAUACACCUGCGCCGUCAUCGACGACGAACACAUCAGAACCACAGCGCGGCUCAACGUGGAAGGGGAGCCGCUGGAGAUCCUGAAGCAGCUGGAGAGCACAGAGGUUCCUGAGACCUACUCCGGAGAGUUCGAGUGUGUGGUUUCCCGUGAGGACGCUGAGGGCACCUGGUACUUUGGAGAAAAGCUUCUCUCUGCCAGCAGCAAGUACGUCAUCUCGUCCCGCCGCGGACGCCACACCCUGUCUGUCAAGGACGUGAAGAAGGAGGACCAGGGAAGCUACACCUUCAGAGUGGCGGAGUUCCACUCCACCGCCUUGCUCAAGAUGAAACUCCGACCCGUCACGCUGAUGCAGCCGCUGGCCGACCUGACGGUCUGCGAGGGCGACAUCGCUCAGCUGGAGGUCAGGUUCUCACAGGAGAACGUUGAGGGAACCUGGAUGAGAAACGGGCAACCCGUGGCAGCCUCCGGCCGCGUGCACGUCGUCAUUGACAAACAAGUUCACAAGCUGCUGAUCGAAGACACCGUGAAGGACGACCAAGGCCCCUAUUCCUUCGUGGUCCCAGCCCAGGAGAUCUCAACCUCGGCUAAGCUGACCGUUCAGACCAUCGGAGUGCUGAGUCCUCUCAAGGACACCAGUGCGGUUGAGGGCACCAAGGCUGUUCUGGAGGCCAAGAUCUCCGCGCAAGACAUCAGCUCAGUCAAGUGGUUCCACGACGAGCAGCUGCUGGUCCCCACUGACCGAGUGCAGACUGUGGCCAAAGGCGCCAAGCAGCGCCUUGUGUUUACCAGGACCUACGCUUCAGACCAAGGACGCUACAAGCUGCUGGUGGGACGAGCUGAGACCGCCUGCCAGCUCUCUGUCCAGACUGUCCAGAUCCUGACUCCGAUGAGAGACACGGAGUGCGCUGAAUCGGAGAACGUUAAGUUUGAGGUGGAAGUCUCACACAAAAACAUUGAUGCAUUUUGGACCUUUAAACGACAGCCGCUGAAGAGCGGAGCCAAGUACAAGAUGGAGUCGCGGGACAAGCGCCACACGCUGACAGUGAUGAACGCCAUGAAGGACGAGGAGGGCGAGUACAUGUUUGCUGCUGGGGAGAAGAUGUGCACGGCCAUGCUCACCGUCUCAGGUGGCGCCAUAAAGAAGCCCUUGCGCGACUUGGUGGUCGCGGACUCACAGACGGCCACGCUGGAGUGUGAGGUGGCUAAUCCGUCUGCGGAGGGCAGGUGGCUGGUCGACGGUCAGCCCGUCGAUUUCAGCGACAACGUACUGAGCGAGAAGGAGGGCGCCAUCCGACGCCUUGUUAUCGUCAUCACCAAGGCAACUCACAUGGGCGAGUACACUUAUCAAGUGGCCACCUCCAAGACGUCGGCCAUGCUGAAGGUGGAGGCCGUCAAGGUCAAGAAGACCCUGAAGAACUUGAAUGUGGUCCAGACACAGGAUGCCGUCUUCAGCCUGGAGCUGACCCACGAGAACGUUCUCGGGGCGCAGUGGAUCAAGAAUGGCGUGGAGAUUCAACCCAGUGACAAAUAUGAGAUCCUGGUCCAGGGCACAAUCCACACUCUGAAGAUCUGCAAGUGCACCACCCACGACGAGUCCGUCUACUCCUUCAAGCUGGGAAAGCUCUCCGCCAGUGGCCGCCUCAACGUGGAGUCGAUCAAGAUCUUGAAGAAGCCGAAAGAUGUGACGUCGCUGCUCGGGGCCACGGCCUCCUUCGAGGUGGUGCUCUCCGAAGACAACAUCCCAGUCCGCUGGAUGUUCAACGACGCCGAGGUCAAGUCGAAUGGGGACUUCCGCAUGACCUCUGAGAAAAAGAAUCACAAAUUAGUGGUCCAGAAUGUCACGGCCCAGUUGGAGGGCGAGUACACGGUGGUGGUUGGUCACCUCCGCUGCAGCGCCCGUCUCACCGUGGAGGCGUUGCGGGUCACCAAGCCAUUAGACCACGUGGAGGUUCCUGAGACCCAGGUGGCAUCACUGGAGGUGGAGGUGUCGCAUUUCAACGUCCCACCAUCGUGGCAGAAAGACGGCGUGGAGCUGGAGAUGAGCGAGAAGUUUCGUAUCGUGGUCCAAGGGAAAGUCCACCAGCUGAAGGUCAUGAACGUGGACCAGCGGGACGCAGCGGAGUACAGCUUCACCUGCGGCAGUGACCGCUCUGCGGCGCGGCUCAACGUUAGCCCCGUCCUCCUGACAAUGCCGCUCCAGGACCUGAACGCUCAGGAUAAGGACUCGGUCACCUUUGAAGCAGCUGUCAACUUUGAGGGCGUGGCCUACAAGUGGCUGAAAAAUGGCGUAGAAAUCCGUGCCAGCGAUCGCUGUCAGCCCAGAUGCCGCCAGCUGGCGCACACGCUCAACAUCCGCAACGUUCACUUCGGAGACAGUGCGGAGUACACCUUCGUCGCUGGCUCGGCCCGGUCCAGCGCCAGGCUCUUUGUGGAAGCUCGGGUGGUGGAGUUCACCAAAGAGCUGAGGGACCUGAAGAUCACGGAGAAGAAGCGUGCCACCUUUGAGUGUGAGGUUUCGGAGCCCAACAUCCAAGUGAUGUGGAUGAAGGAUGGACAGGAGCUGGAGGUGUCUGACAGGUACAAGAUGACCUCAGAGAGCUUCGCUCACCGGCUUGUCCUGCCGUCGGUGCGGUUGUCAGACGCCGGCGAGUACACAGCCGUGGCUGGGUCCAGCAUGUCUAAGGCUCACCUGAGUGUGGAAGGGCGGGACAUCAGGAUAUCCGAACCGGCCAGCCGGGAGGUGGUGGUGGUGGAGAAGCAGAGAGCCACCUUUGAAUUUGAGGUGAGCGAGGACGACGUGGAAGGUCGCUGGCUGAAGAAUGGCGCCGAGAUCCACUUCCCUACAGAGGAGCGCUUUUCCUACAUCACAAUCCGGAGGCUCCACAGACUCACCAUCUCAGAGACUUUCAGGAGUGAUGCGGGGGAAAUGACCUUCAUGGCGGGGAAGAACCAGAGCACAAUGGCUCUGGUAGUCAGGCUUCCAGUGCCGCCUCAAAUUCUUCGGCCGCUGCAGUCAGCGACGGUGAUGUCGGGCCGAUCGGCUCGUUUCUCAACCCAGGUGACCGGCCUCCCGGUCCCUCAUGUGUCAUGGUUCAAGGACUCACAGGUGCUCGUGUCAACUGACACCUGCAAGUUCCUUCAUGAUGGGGAAGAGCACUCCUUGCUGCUGCUGGAGGUCUUCCCUGAAGAUGCGGCCGUCUACUCCUGCGAGGCCAAGAGCAGCUACGGCGAGGUGGCCAGCUCUGCUGCUCUCACUGUAGAAGUACCGGAGGUCACAGAGACCAGAGUUGAUGCCCCGUUCCUCGUCUCCCCAAUGAGAGACCUGCUGGUGUCGGAGGGCAAGCCAGCGUGCUUCCAGUGCUCCGUCUCCGGAGAAGACCUGCAGGUGUCCUGGUUCUGCAACAACAAAGAUCUCCGACAGUCUGACAACUUUAGGAUGUCACAGUCUGCUGGCACCGUCCAGCUGGAGAUACCGAAGGUUUUGGCUGACUAUGAGGGAGAGUACUCGUGCGUGGCGUCCAACGCCUCUGGGAUGGUCACCUGUACCGCCUCCCUGAACAUUGACGAUCUCCAAAUCUUAGCUAGCACCCCCACACAGCCCUCUUGUCAGCAGCUGCAGGCUGAGGCGCAGAGCUCAGUGCUGGAGGUCCAGCCACGCACGAGUCCCCUGUUAAUGAUGGGAAUGAGCGACAUCCUCGUGAAGAGUGGGGAGAGUGCCGAGUUUAGCUGCUGGUUUGACGGACAUCCCUUCACUGCAGUCGCCUGGCAUCACAACGGCGCAAGCGUGACGGGCAGCGAGCGCGUGAGGAGCGCUCAGAGCCACGGCCUCUUGUCUUUGCUCAUCCAGGACGUGGGCUUGGCUGACCAGGGGCUGUACAGCUGCUCUGCCGCCAACGAGCACGGACAGAACUGCACGUCCGCUCGGCUGACUGUCCAAGCCAAGGCAGCGAACCUCGCCGCAGAGACCUCCGUUUCUAACGAUUCAGUGCGUAAAGUGUCCCACGCAGACACAAAAGAGCCGCGAGGCUCUGAGCACGGCGCCACCGCAGAGGAGCCGCCGGUGCAGGCGCCUCAGAGCUUGAUCAGCCUCUUGUGUUUCCCUGACCUGCCAUCCGGCUGUGGAGGUGGAGCCCGUCCAGACUUCCUGCUCAAACUGCACUCUGACUUGCUGGUGCAGCCAGGCCGCGGCUCUCUGCGCUGGGCCUUCAUGGGGGCGCCCAGUCCAUAUGUCAUUUGGCUAUACAAGAGCCCCGGUGCCAGCCAAGCCGCGACGUUCUCGCUCAAACACGACGGCCCCCUCUGCCGGUAUAACACAUCGGGAGGAGGAAAAAUGGGUUCUGUCAAAAGUGUCAUGGCGGCCACGGAGGCGCGGACCAAAGUGACCACGACGGGGCUGGAAGCUCGCGCGCAGGAGGAGAUCAAAGUGGCUCCUGUGUUCCGACAUAAGAUUUCUCAACUGGAGAUAAACGUGGGCGGCACCGCCAAGUUUGAGUGUGAGACCGAGGACGCCCCGAACGUCAUGUUCAAGUGGUUCAAAGAUGGGAAUCCAGUCAAAGAGGGCGACAAGUUCCGCAUCAUCAGCCGCCUCACCACCUCUUCUCUAGAGGUCCUCAGUCCCACCAAAGCAGACAGCGGAGACUACAGCUGUCGGGCGUCCAACAGGCACGGCAGCGACGAAUGCUCCGCCCACCUGGGCGUGACAGCAGACCCUCCAGAGGUUGUCCACAAAGUCAAGGACUUGUCAUUCUCAGUGGACUCUUUGUUGACUGGCUCACUUCCAGUCAGCUGGAUUCACGCUGCCCGUGAGGCCAGAGGAGACCAGAGUACUUGUGUGUCCACUGACAAGUGUGCAGUGUUGAAUGUAAGAAACAUUCAGUUGUCAGAGAGAAGGAAGUAUGUGUGCCAGACCCGGGCAGCCCCCCGCGGUGGCCUCCAAGAACCUCCUCGAUUCCUCUUGAAACUGCCUGCUGCGACCUUCGUCAAACAAGGUGACGGCUUCCUCUUUGAGUGCCGCAGCUCUGACGCAGCGUCGCUGCGGGUUUCCUGGUAUAAAAAUGAGCAGAAGCUGUCGGAGGGAGGCAACUAUACGAUGAGGGCAGCCGAUGCCACGGUUGCCCUGCAGCUGAGCACCAGCAGCUUCCAGGAUGCUGGCGUUUACACCUGCGAGGUGCAGAACUCUGCAGGCAGUGUGAGCUGCAGCAGCACACUCACCGUUCAAGAACCCCCUUCCUUCCUCCAGCUUCCUAAACCAGUGGAAGGUGUCAAAGGCAAAGACACCAGUUUACGCUGUGAAGUCGGCGGAAGCGGGCCGGUCCAGGUGAGCUGGUACAAGAACAGGAAGCUGCUGAAGGAAGGCAGGAAGUACAAGAUGGUGAGUGACGGCGCCUCAGCGACGCUUCACAUCACCAAGCUGGUUGACGACGACGCCGGCGAGUACGAGUGCCAAGUGCUGAACGAUGUGGGCAGUGAUUCCUGCCGCACCACCGUCAGCCUUAAAGAACGACCCACAUUUACCCACAAGCUGCUUGACCAGUCGGUGACACUCGGUCAGACGCUGACACUGGCGGCUGGGAUCCGCGGUUCGGAGCCCGUUGCCGUGUCCUGGAUCCAGGACGUGGAUCACGUGCUUCGAGAUGGCGACAACCGUAACAUAACGUGCGAGAACAACCAGGUGGUCUUAGUGGUCCCGACAGCUGACGCCAGUACCGGCGGGAAAUACACCUGCCGGCUGAGGAACGACUGCGGCGUGGCCGAGUGCUGCGCGCAAGUCACCGUCUUAGAACCUGCCACCAUCGUGGACAGCCCAGACUCUUUGAACGUCAAGUCCGGUGAGAACGCCACUCUUGAGGUGGCGGUGUCAGGAUCACCGCAGCUGAAGAGCAAGUGGUUUAAGGACAACAAGGAGCUCACCGCCGGGGCCAAGUACCAGAUGUCCAUGGGCAAGAAGAUAGCGGCCCUGAAGAUCCGCUCUGCCGACAAGGCGGACGGCGGGGAGUACAGGCUGCAGCUGGCCAACGACGUUGGAACGGCCAGCUGCCUGGUUGUGUUUUCUGUCUCAGACAAGCUGAUUCCGCCCAGCUUCAUCAGGAAGCUCAGAGACAGCCACCUCGUAGUCGGCCGACCGGCUGAGCUGGAGUGCAAGGUGACAGGUUCCGCGCCGCUGAACACUUCCUGGUUCCACAACGGCCAGGAGAUCCACAGUGGAUCCACCUACAACAUAAGCUGUGAGGAGAACAGCUGCAGGCUCAAUGUUCCCACCGUCAGCAUGCAGCACUCCGGCAAGUUCACCUGCAAAGCUGUCAACGCUGCCGGCGCCAGCGAGACCAGCGCCACUGUCAGCGUGACAGAACCGCCAUCUUUUGCCGAGUUGCCGGAGUCCAAGGAAACCUCUCUGGGCAGCAGCGUUUCUUUCAGUGCCCGGGUGAAGGGAAGUUCCCCCCUGCGGGUGAAGUGGUUCCGGGGAACCAAGGAGCUGCUGCACAGCCGCUUCUGUGAGAUCUCACUGAGCGAGAACGUGGCAACUCUUGUGCUGCAGCGAGUGGAGCAAGGCCACGCGGGUGAAUACACCUGCCAGGUCAUCAACGACGCCGGGAAGGAGAGCUGCGCCGUCUCUCUGUCCAUCAAAGAGCCGGUCCACUUUGUGAAAAAGCUGCGCAACAUUUCCCUGGAGAAGGGAAAACCUCUCCGACUGGAGGUGACCUUCGCAGGCACGCCAAACGUCAACGUGACGUGGAGGAAGGACGGCAAGUUCAUUUGGGCCUCCUAUCAGUACAACGUCAUCACCACCGACACCUCCUGCAUCCUGGAGGUCCUCGACUCCGACCGGCUGGAAGCAGCUGGCCGAUACUCUUGUGAGGUGGACAAUGGCGCUGGGAGCGAUCGCUGCGAGUCGCACGUGUCAAUAUUAGAACCCCCGCACUUUGUAGAAACCAUGCAGGCGGCGGAGGUGACGGCAGGCGAGCCGGUGACGCUGAGGUGCCGAGUGGCAGGCACGCCGGACAUCUCCGUGUGCUGGUUCAAGGCUGACGGGAUCCUGCGCAAGUCCGACUCCUGCUCGAUGGAGUUCGAAAAUGGAGUGGCCUCUUUGACCUUGACAGAAACCAGCAGUGCAGAUCACAGCGAGUUCAUCUGCAAGGCGGAGAACCGGGUGGGCUCCGCCCUCACCAGCUGUCAGCUGACAGUCAAAGAGCGCAAAGUUCCUCCGACCUUCACCAAGAAGCUGCCGGAGACCAUGUCGGAGUCCACAGGCAAGGCGGUGAUGCUGGAGGCCCGGCUGUCCGGCUCACAGCCCCUCGCCGUCUGCUGGUUCAAGGACCAGGACCAGAUCCACACGUCAGACAAGUACGACGUGAGCCUGAAGAACAACCUGGCAGCGCUGUGUGUCCGGGACAGCGAUCCCGCAGACGGCGGCGUCUACAUGUGCCAGGCCACCAACGACGCCGGGAGCGCCUCCUGUCAGGUGUCCCUCUUGAUCUCAGAAUCUGACCAGCCUCCGAAAUUUGACGUCCCGCUGGGGCCGGUGACGGUGCCUGAGGGAGACAAACUUGUUCUUCGGUGUCGAGUGGUGGGGACGUCUCCACUCAUGGUCCAGUGGAUGAAAGACCGAAGGGAGCUCAAGUCCAACGGCGGUCUCCGGAUCACCUUGGCAGGGGGCGAGGCCUGUCUGGAGGUCGCCCAGGCCGGCCGCUCUGAUGCUGGAGACUACUUGUGUAAAGCCAGUAACGCGGCCGGCAGCGACUUCUGCAAGUCAAGAGUGACUGUCAGAGUUCCAGAUAAAGGAGCUCAACCUGCGGCUGCAGAGGCCGCCGCCCUUGUGGCCGCGCCUGUGAAGAGACUGGACAAUCUGUUCUUCAUCGAGGAGCCAAGGAAUGUUACAGUCACUGAGAAGGGAACUGCCACCUUCAUCGCCAAGAUCGGCGGGGAGCCCAUCCCCAGUGUCAAGUGGAUGAAAGGGAAGUGGCGACAGAUCACUCCGGGAGGACGCAUCUCCAUGGAACACAAAGGACAGGAUGCAAGGCUGGAGAUCCGCGAGGCCACCAAGUCUGACGCCGGCCUUUACAGAUGCGUCGCGUCCAACAAGCACGGAGAGAUCGAGUGUGGUGCUGAGAUGGAAGUGACCAAGAGAGAAGAGACGGAAGGUCUCGGAGACCUGAGGACUCGCCUGAAGAAGGCUCCCUCGAAGCAGAAGAGUCCCAAGAGAGAGGGUGAAGUGGACAUUGUGGAGCUGCUGCGGGGCCAUGACCCCAAAGACUUCGAGAGGAUCCUGAAUGAGCACAACAUCCAUGACUACAGGGCUAUUCUCCAAGCCGUGGAGUUCCUGAAGAGAGAGAAGGAGACCGAGAGCGGGAGAGCGGAGGUGGCUCGUGGAGGUCAGGUGGAAGAAGAGGCUAUGGCCCGACUCAUCCAGCAGCUGGAGGGACGUGUCGGCACCGAGCCUGUCUUAGUGUUGGAGGACAUCAGUGACCAGACCACAUCUGAGAGCCAGAGCGCCACCUUCCAGUGCACGGUCCAGAUCAACUACCCAGAGAUCGCACUCAGCUGGUACCACGGCACUCAGAAGCUGGAGCCCAGUGACAAGUACCUCAUCAGCAUGGAUGGGGACCAACACACCUUGACGGUCCAGAACUGCAGUGCCAAGGACCAAGGAAACUACCGCGUGGUUUGUGGACCCCACAUCUCCAAUGCCACGCUCACCGUCUCAGACCUUGUGUCGCCUGUUUCUGGCGCCGCCAAAGACUAUCGCUGUGGCGCUGAGCUCCAGUUCACAGACGUUGCGUUAGGAUAUGUUCCCGAGGGCUCGACAGACUCGGCAAUUCCAGGUCCAGAGCCCGAGGCCAUGUUUGUUCAUGUCCUAAGUGCUGCCACCGAUGCGGAGCCCAGGAAGGUUCUUCCAGAACCAAAGUCCAGAGGUGUGGAGACGGUGAUGGUCUCCCAGCCUGAAGGUAAGGUGGCCUCUCGUGUUUCUGCUGUCCGUGUCCACGUCCAGCUCGCUAGAGCGGCCUGUCACGUCCUGUUGGUCCUUCGAAGGACCGGCUUCACUCCCAGAACCCGUGAGGGGUUGCCUUGCCCCGAUCACAACCACGGAGCAGCAUUCUCCAACCCAAGACUGUGGUGCACGCAGCUCGUUAAGAGUGACCUCUUUGAUCCUCUCUGAAGUGGCGACACUUUCCAGCGCACAGAGCACGGAUCUCUGCUUGGCGCCACCAGAUCCAGUUCCUCUAGACGACAGGACAUCUGGACGUGAAACGCUGCUGGACCAAGAGACCAGAGCACUUGGAUGGGAAGCGUCAGAGACACCGAUUAUGGUCUCCAAACCACAGGCUUACCGAGAGGGGCCAGUGGAACCAGGACUGCUCA